AUGGCGAUGUCUUGUUUGGCUCAAGCCCUGCGUUCCCUUUCCCUCUCCCAGCCAGCCUUGCUGUCCUCUCAGGUAACAUAUGCCACAUCGAACAAAUGUCAACAGCGCAAGCAGCUAAUGUGCACUCCUUGCCGGGGAUUCCUUACCACAGCCUCUCUGGAGCAGAACAGAACUUAUUGGAAGCAAAGAGAGAAGUACUCAAUCAGACCAAUGGGAAUGAAGAAGACAGGUGGAAGGGAUCACACAGGUAGAAUCAGGACACACGGCAUCGGCGGUGGCCACAAGCAGAAAUACCGCUGGAUCGACUUCCAGCGUCUGCGCUAUGCAGAAGAUGAAGAUGGAGAAGGGCAACCGUUUGACGAGAAGGUUGUACAAGUGCGAUAUGACCCGUGCAGGUCAGCUGACAUCGCUCUGGUGGUUGGCGGCAGCCGAAAAAGAUGGAUCAUCGCGACAGAGAACAUGCAGGAGGGUGACAUCAUUAAAACAUCGCCUAUGAUUGGACGCAUGGCAGUGUCAGCAAAUGAGGGUGACUCCUAUCCACUAGGAGCACUUCCUGUGGGCACUCUGGUCAACAAUCUGGAAGUACAACCUGGGAGAGGAGCACAGUAUAUUCGUGCUGCAGGCACAAAUGGUGUUCUGCUUCGUAAAGUAAAUGGAACAGCCAUUGUUCAGCUUCCAUCAAAGCGGCAGGUUCAGGUACUGGAGACAUGCAUGGUAACGGUGGGACGCGUGUCCAACGUGGACCACAACAAGAGGAUCAUCGGAAAGGCGGGCCGCAAUCGCUGGCUCGGAAUUCGCCCGUCCAGCGGCUUGUGGCAGAGGAAAGGAGGCUGGGCCGGACGAAAGAUUAAACCGCUGCCACCGAUGAAGAGUUUUGUCAACCUGCCGUCUGUCUCUGCUAACUAA